UCACUACCACUCUGUUACGACCACCACCUCUGCGUACAGGACCACGUUCAACAACGUAUAUAAAGGCCUUCACGAUUGUCCAACUGCUACAUUGAUUUUUAUCUUGCUUGACUACGUAGACAGCUUGUGUUAUAUCCUUUUGCUGUCUGUCACUGUGUUACACUAUACCUUCCUCAUCGAAUCACACAUCAUGAGUAGUUUCGCUGCCCUCGCCAAAGCCGCCCAAACACAACAAGCCGCUACGAUCGCGCAGCAGAAAGCCGCUGAGGAAGCACAAGCUCGUAAGGCCGAUAGUGCACGCAAAGCUGAAGAACAGCGACGCAAGGACAUUGCUGCGCUGCGUGCGAAGCAGUUAGAGGCUAUAGAGCGGGAAAAACAGAAGCUGGAAGCGAAGCGCUUAGAGCGAGAGCAGGCCGAGAGGGAGAGGGGCUCAGAGUUUAAGGAGAAGCAAGACCUGAAGAAGAGGUUGAAUGGGUCAAGCCGCGGCGCAGAGAGUCCGAAGCCGAGUGCCGAGAGGGUGAGCGCAGGUGGGAGUAGGGCGAGGAGUUCGACACCCGUUGGAUUGACGCUAGAGGAGAGGAGGAGGGCGAUAUUUGAAAGGCAGACGAGGGAUGCAUCGCACCGAAAAUCCGGAAUUCGUACGACGAAAUCAGUUCGCGGAUUGGGCGAUGGAGAUGUUCGAGUUGUCACCGAUCCUCAUGCUGUCUCGCUCAGUACCAGUACCAGCGUUUCCGACGGUCUAACUGCUCGCCAACGCCUCGCAAUGUUACCUGUCACACUCACCAAGCUCAACACGGAAAAGCGCGACCUGCGUGGUCCGCUCGAAAUCCAGAUGGAGCUGCAGAAACAGCGUGCUGCGGCGGGUGAAGGCGACCCCGUCGGAUUCAGAGAAGAGAAGAAGAGAGAGGAGAUGGUACGACGCGAACGGGCCAUGAAAGCUAAGCAGGAGAGGCUGAUGCGGGAGAUGUCGGGGAUGAAGAAGGUUUUGAGUGAGGAUGAAGCAGGAAGGGAAGUAGGUGAGAGCGAUGAGGAGAGGAAGGAUGUCGAGAAGCCGAAGGAGAAAGAACGACCUAAGGAGAAGGACAAGGACAAGCACCAUGAUGGAAGCCGUGAGGGAGACAAAGAUAAGGACAAGGAACGCCCGAAGGAUCUACCUCUCACUGCCCAAAAGCCAAAUGGUGCCCCUCGAGCUUCAUUGGCUGUUGGCACUUCCUCACCGCGUCCCCGGGAUAAACCGCUUACCUCCGUCGCUCCGCCUCGCCCAGCCUCUGCGUCCCAAUCCUCGUCUGUAACCACGAAGAGCUUUUUGGUCUCAGCUUCUACAUCCAAGACUGUCGUCGAUGGCCCAAGCAAGCCACAGCGCCCGGCUGAUACGAAGCGUACAGCAGUCUCUUCCUCUGCCAUUCAGUCUACCAAGCGCAAGCGCACUCCAUCCGAUGAGUAUACGUCAGAAGAGGAGGAUAGGCACUACAAGAAGCAGUCACGCGCUGAUGAUCGCGGGCGUGCGCGCCAUCGGAGGGACUCAGACGCUGGCUUGCACGGGGAAACGCGAAGAGCUCUGGACGAUGUGCUUUCCAUGUUUAGAAGGGGCGGGCAGCAGAGGGAUCAGCGAUGGAGCGAUGACGACGACGACAUGGAAGCUACCGGCGAGGACUUGUGGAGAGAAGAGAAGGCCAGUGAAAGGCUCGCUAGGCUAGAGGAUGAGAGGGAGGCAGCGGAAGAGGCGAAGCAUGAGGCGGAAAAACGUCGCAAGCGCCUGCAGAUGAUGAAGGGUGGCAAGUGAUACGCCGAACCUCUGGCAUUGUUUC